CCCUUUCACUGGGCCCCCCUGUAUUCUCCCUGGCUCUACCACCAUGAGCGGCGUAGCACGCUCAAGCUCCAGUGCAAGCCGACGCGCCGCGCGCAAACACGCGGCUCUGCCCUACAGUCGUCCGGCACCCAAGAAAUCGUCUUGGGCUUGGACGGACGUCCUCAGUUACCUCAAUCCAUUACGCGCGUUGUCCCCCUCCAGAGAUGAAGAGGUCGAGGAAGAGGCGACAAGCGAACCCGUACAAUCCACCGCGGCCCGCGCACUAAGCAUGCGAGGACGCGAAAUGCUCGACCAGAGACCAUAUGCUUCCUCAUCCUCGUUCUCAGGUUAUGAACAACGACCUGCUAGCAAUGCUCCACCGGACCGGCCACAUCCCAUACUCAGCAUUCUCCCGAAUCGAAAGCAUCGGCGGAUACACAAAGUCCUGCGUCACUGCUGGACCAACUGAUCUCGGAGGCUCCAACAAUAGGGCUGUAGAAGAGUUCCUGCGGAGCAAGGGCGAUCGGCCUCUGACGCGGAUUGAGUAUGCAGGGGUGUUAGCACUACUCGCAGGGCGAGUCGAGGAACCC